CGUCGAACAGUACACCCAAUUAAUUACUCAUCAUGACUGGACGUGGAAAGGGAGGAAAAGGUUUGGGAAAAGGAGGAGCUAAGCGCCACAGGAAGGUUCUGCGUGAUAACAUCCAAGGAAUCACCAAGCCUGCCAUCCGCCGUCUGGCUCGUCGUGGCGGAGUCAAGCGAAUCUCCGGCUUGAUCUACGAAGAGACUCGUGGUGUCCUCAAGGUCUUCCUCGAAAACGUCAUCCGUGACGCUGUCACUUACACCGAGCACGCCAAGCGCAAGACAGUCACAGCCAUGGACGUAGUAUACGCUCUGAAGCGACAAGGCCGCACUCUUUACGGAUUCGGCGGUUAAACUCCCAGCCUUGAUAGCUUUGAACAAAAAAUCGGCCUUUUUCAAGGCCACCAAAAAUUUAAAACGUAGUUCAAACACACAUAACAUAAUACUUGAUAUGUUCAGCCUCUCUCAAGGCCAACGUAUACUUUAAACACAUCAAACCAACACUUGAAAAUAUAAUAAUUAUCGACCAGUUUCUAGCCCUUGAUAUUGUUAGAAUCAAACAAUUCACCAUUUAUAUAGGUAGCGUAAUUCAAUAAAUUAAAGAAGUUCGAAAAUGAAAAAAAAAUUAUUUUCCAGCUGAACACAUCGUAUACCAAAACAUCAGUCUUCUCAAGGCCAUUAGAAUCUUGACGAAAAUGUAAUCAGUCGUCGGCAUUAUGUAUCUGUGAGCUAGAAAGUUAGCGACCUUGUGCCUAGCAUGACCCGUUGUUUACCGUACGUGUGACGUGUCUCGGUUUAAGCAUUUUCGACUGUCGCUGCUGGCCUGAAUCUUGCACAGUCGCCGAACAAUCGUAAAUCGUAUCUCUUGAAUGUAAUUGAUUUUAAUGCUGAUAAUAUGGAACAAGGACCACAUCAUUAGAUGAAUUUUUAGGCUGCAGAGUCCUGGCAUUGCUGUCAUUUUUUCGUCUUUGUGGCGAUACAUCGAGACAUCAGAACAUUUUCUAGCAAAUUUAAUUAAUAUUUUUCCCAAACUUGAAAUUUAUGUAUAGAGAACAUCAACAUAUGGAAUGUUAUGUUAUCUGUUAAAAAAGCAUUGUUAGACUUCUCAGAAAGCUUAUUUGAAACUUUCCAUUUUCAUUUUAACUCUGUUAGACCAAUGAAAAUAAUUUUUUUUAAGACUUAGAGAGUUUUAUUAAUGUUUGUAAGUGGUGGACUUUUUGAAAAAUCUUCAUGUAUAAGUAUAAAUAAAUUUGUUCACGAAAAAUGAGUUAACUGGUGGACAAGAGUG